CUGACUUUACUGAGAUAUUUAAGAAAAUGAGUUUAUUCGAAGAUUUAGCGAUCACAUUGCUGUUUGUCCUGAUGUCUGUCUGUUUAUCUGUUCCUCUCCUUCUCCUUCCUCAAUUACAGAAUAUAUUACCAAAACAGAUUCGAAAGAUCGAAGAAGAUAUUCAAAAACCCAGUAAGAAAUCAGUUGAUAUUCAAGACACCAGGAAGAAAUCAGUUGAUAAUCAAGACACCAGAAGGAAAUCAGUUGAUAUUCAAGACACCCGUAGGAAAUCAGUAGAUAUUCAAGACAUCAGUAGGAAAUCAGUUUGUAUUCAAGACACCAUCAGGAAAUCAGUUGAUAUUCAAGACACCAGUAGGAAAUCAGUUGAUAUUAAAGACACCAGUAGGAAAUCAAUAGAUAUUCAAGACACCAGCAGGAAAUCAGUUGAUAUUCAAGACACCAGUAGGAAAUCAGUUGAUAUUCAAGACCCAAGCAGGAAAUCAGUAGAUAAUCAAGACCGAAGCAGGAAAUCAGUUGAUAUUCAAGACAUCAGUAGGAAAUCAGUAGAUAUUCACGACACCAGCAGGAAAUCAGUAGAUAUUCAAGACUCAAGCAGGAAAUCAGUUGAUGUUCAGAAAAAUAUUUCAAAACUAAAAUCAGACAAAAAACUAAAUCCCACAUCUGCAGCUUUCGAAAAUUUAAGACCUAUACUUUGCAAGAAAUCAGAAGAAAUAAGAAAAGCUGAUGCAGAGACUGACAAAAACCAUGAAUUUUGGCUGGUGGAUAAAGACAUAAUAAAAAAACAGUUUGGAAACCAUUUCCAAAAAAGAGGUAUAAAUCACCCGGAAAUAAAUGAAAAAGUUUUCCAUUCAAAACAGAAAAGAAGAUGUUCCGAACCCAACACCUUGAUCAAUACAGAGAACAGAAAAGUUAUAAAAGUAAUAAAUUUUGUUGCAAUCACACUUGGCGAAGCUGCAUCUAAACCCUCAAUUACACCUGCUAGAUCAGCACAGAAUACCUUCAAAUCAAAACAUAUUGAUUUUCCACAGAAAAGAGAAUACAAGGAGAAUAGAAUAGACUUUCGGACAGAAGAGAAAAUGUUAAAGGUUAAUAAGAAAGAAGCUGAGAAUUUACCUAAACUUUCUCCACCUCCCCCACCUUUAUAUGAUCCUAAACCAGAAACCCAGAUGUCUCCUUCUAUCCAACCAGACAUCACAAAAGAAGAUCUCAACAAUACUUUGGAAGAUAAAAUAAAAGAUAUCAGCUGUUCUAUAGAAGAAAGUCCUAAAUUCUCAAGACAACCAGUUAAACAUGAUGAACCUGAAUCAGUUAUCAAACGAAGGAGAUGGAGUAUGGACGUGGAAGUGAAACCUUUAACUUUUUUUGAACCAAGGAAAAAAUAUAUGUCUCUGGUUUUGGUUCAGGAGGAAUUGUAUCAAGGAUUUGUACUUUACAGCUAACAUGUACACUAGACCAGAGUCGUAGAUAUAAAUGAGAGGAAGCUGUGCCGUAGCAUUAGAGCCUGCACAGUGAAGACGACCGUGAAAAGAAAUUGAUUACAUGCCUAGAACUCUUAUUUAAUCACUGCACUGUAUUUUUGCAUUCUGAUGGUAUACGUUUAAGAUAUUUCAAAUUCGACAGAUUGAGAUAUAAGAAAUAAUAGUUUAAGGUAUCAAAGGUCUUUGACAUCAGGUUGCAAUGAUAUAAAUAUUGAAAAAUUAAUGUUUGAGACGAGUAAUAAGAAAAGAAGAAUCAACACCUGAUAUUUAAUAAUCAUGAUUAUUAUGAUAGUAAUGUUGUGCAUCUGUGAUAUACAGUUAAAUGAA